UGCGAAGUUUUUCACAAAUAGACGAAGAAAAUUUUCGUCUAGCCAAGGCCUAUAGAAGGCAUAUAAGAGAGGCUUGGAAGGCAAUUGUAUUAUUCGGGGGAAAAAUCAAAGAGAAUAACACGUAAUUUGUGUUUUAAAUAUGCGUUUUUUUAGUGUAUUUGUGUUUGUGAUUGCUUGUGUUAAUGCUGCACCGAAACUGAGUGCGGUGUUCAAUCCAGCUUUUGAUCCAGGCUAUAAUGAAUAUUAUGAUCGUCCAAAGUAUACCUAUAAUUAUGGAGUUGCAGACCCCUCUACUGGGGACGUAAAGUCCCAACACGAGACAAGAGAUGGAGAUGUUGUCAAGGGCCAGUACUCUCUUGUGGAGCCAGAUGGCUCAAUAAGAACAGUAGACUACACUGCAGAUUCAAUACACGGAUUCAACGCUCUGGUUUCCAAGAGCAGUCCUAGUCUACACGUGACCCCACAAAUCCAUCGACAGCCGAUACAGCCCGUCAUACAAUAUGUCGCGAAACCUGUGGCCGUACCUGUACAAGUGCAGAAACAAUUUAUACCCGAAGUUUAUCCAUCUGCCUCACCAUUUUUAUAUCCGAAAAUAGGUGCCAUUCAGUUUCCCGAAUAUGAUAAUUUCGACGGCUUUGAUGGACCACCUCAACAAUACUACUGAAACUUAGAAUAGGUUAAAUAUACGUAAUACAGACUGUAAGGACAUUAUUAGAAUUAAUAAUAUUAUUAGGAAUAUAUUUAUUGUAUUAUUAUUAUACUACUUGGAAAAAAUUGUAUAUGCAUGUAUGAAUAGAACCGCUGUUUGCUCUAUGUAAUUUCAUUGUACUAAUUGCGUGUUGUUUUAUGUACUAUAUUCUUAUUAAAUAGAUAUAUUUUAUUUAUUUAGUAUAUCUAUGAUGAAACGUCUGA